AUGAUGAAAAUUACAAUCUUCGCCUUGGCAGCUUUCGCGAUUGCGUUAGCUUUUCCACAGGAUCCACAACAACAGCAACAACAAGCGCCUGUUGCUAUUGUAAAGCAAGACUCGGAAGUUGACGUUAACGGAUACAAUUUCGAGUUCGAAACAAGCGACGGAACAUCAAGGCAAGAGCAAGGUGAAUACAAGAAUGACACUGACCAGCAAGGCCUUUCCAUCAAGGGAAGCUACAAGUACGUCGCGCCUGACGGUCAGCAUAUAUCAGUGUCCUUCAUCGCUGACAAAAAUGGCUACCAGCCCACUGAACACACUGGUGAAGAUGCCGCCAACCCACAGUCUUAA